AAGCUUACCCACUCUUUGCGAUCCUACUAAUAUCCAGCUGUCUCCCCGACACUCUUGAGUAAAUAUCAGAUUUAGCUACCUUACAAUGCGGUACAUAAAUUAUUACACUACGCCCAUUUCUUCAUCCUCCAACGUGCAAUCAUCUACAUAUGGAUUCUGGUUUAGUACACAAACGGCGACGCUUAGCCCCAGCGUGCAUAGAAUGCCAACGAAGAAAGAUCAGAUGUGAUAGCGCAACGCCUUGCGGUCCUUGUAGCAAGCUCUCAAACACCAGAUGCAUCUACAGCAAUGUUCAUUUCCAUCCCUUUCCAAAUGGCGACUUUCGUUCCCCCAACGACACACGACUCGACAUUUCCCAACUACCAAAUAUACAAUCAAACAAGCAACAUCCGCUUUUUCAAGACGGCAACUCUGGACGCCUUGAUCUCUUCUCCCUUGAACCAACAACGGCGCACUUUCGUGACGAUGUUGGAGCAAAUCUCGCUAAUUACUUGGGACUUGAUGAUACACAUUCUCGAAUUGCAACCUCGCAUUCAACAAGAGUCUCAUAUCCAGAUGCAAGUGCUUCAACCUUUUCCGAUGCAUCGACUGCAGUGUCUAGGCAGCUAUCGACGCCAAGUGAUGACCAUGCUUCUUGGUCCUCUGCGAAUUCAAUUUUUGACCCAGAACCACAACAGAACCCGAGCGGCGCCACUCAUGGGCGAAUAGCAACUUGCUGGGAAGAAGCGAUGAAUAAAUGUGAAAGGCUGCAGUUUGUUCUAUACGGACUAAGGAAUAAGAGGGGGCCUAUACAACUGCAAUCCAAGCAUGAGCCAUUGAGACCGCUAAUGGACAGAUUUGUCAAGCUCGAGCGUCAGGCAAGAGCAUCAAAGAACUCAGCACCCAACUUGUCGCUAAACUGGACCGCAACUCCUGAAUUACCUAAUUAUGCGGUGAAAAAGCUGCUACCGCCUCAGCGGAUAUGCGACAUUCUUCUGGAUGCAUAUCUCGCCACCUUUGAAUCGGUAUGGCGCAUCUUGCAUGUGCCAACAUUUCUUCGCGACUACAGACGGUUCUGGGCGGGCUCUUCGUCAAUAUGGUCCCCUGACAUAGAGGAGUUAUUCCUCUGCAAGCUUGUGAUAUGUAUUGCUCUAGGAGCUUUCGUUAACCCUGAACUGGACACUGCUGACAAUACUGUCUCUGAGCAAAACCAAGACGGCAUCUACUGGCGGGAGCAGGCGAAAACUUGGAUUGCAUACGGCAGACAAUGGCUGGCUCGUAAAGCAAUCGCUGGAUCACGAGCAGACUUGAACACUGCGCAAAUCAUAUGUCUGCUAGCGCUAUCACGGUAUACCGGUCCAGUCAAUGCUACAUCAACUGGCUCACUAUGGUCUCCUGGCGAUCAUGACCUCACGCGCUUAGCGAUACAGCUGGGUUUACACCGGGAUCCUACUAAAGUCGAUCCUGAUAUGCCAGCCACCGAGAUUGAAGUUCGCCGGCGCUUGUGGGCGACUAUGCUGGAACUAUCCUUACAGCUAUGUCUUGAUCAUGAGUUGCCAGCUCCCAUUUCUCCAGAAACUUACGACUGUGCGCCGCCAUCCGACUUGGCAGAUGAGGACGCGAGUACUAGCGAUGCUGAUUCUACGCUAUCAUCUUAUUUUACGAGUUAUUCACCCGGCUACCGCAUGACGAGGACGAAUCUCUUGGUGGUAUUGACACGAACGCAACGCCUGCGUCUUCGAAUACUGCACAUAAUGCACUCUCCUGGUGCUGCAAAGGCUUUGGAAGACACGCACCGGCUCGCCGCUGAGCUGAAAGGAGCAUAUUCGACCGAGCUUCGCAGGCUACGAUCUCUGCAGAAGAAGCCUACUGAAUUCCAGAUUAAGCUCUUGGAUGCACUCACUUUGCCGUUUGUCCUAGCACCGCACGCCAAAUUCGCAGCUCAUCCUUUGCCCAGCCCAGCGUGCUAUUUUUCCCGCAAAGUGCGGAUGGAAAUCUCGGCACUGCUCUUGACGAAUCAUUCAUCAGACUUGGCAACGGUGACGCAGACCCCGGCUGCAGGACUCGAGGAAGUUACUGCUGAUGCUGACGGCCUACCUGUCUUGCCCUCCAAUACGACCUCAUCUGCGGCCACGACCGCCGCUACCAGCAGUAGUGCAUCCUAUCCUGCAAACCCGCUAACCGUUCUGCGCAUCCAUGGCCAAGGCCAUUUCGCCACUCUGCAGUGGCACGCAAUUCUGGCUCUUUGUCUCGAUCUGAUAAGCGAGCUGAAAGAGGAGUUUUUUUCUGCAGUCAGCGGGCCAAGCUGGCGGCAGCUUCAAGGAACCAUCCAGACCUAUGUCACCAUGCUGGAGCAGCGCGUCCGGACAUCAGGAGGGGCCACGUCCGCGCGCGAGUUCCUCUUUUGUUCAUGUGCAGCAGCCUACAUUGAGACCAUGCUAGGGGGGGAUGGAGAGGCUGACCAAGCCAUUACAUCGGCAGCGUAUGCGGCACUCACGCUGUGUUGCGAAAUAAUGGAGCAGGGGCUCCAGCCGCGGCGCGGCAUCGUAUGAUACGAAAACAGCGGAGCAUCUUGUGCGAUGAUGACACUGAUGGGUGAUCAGACCACUUAUCAAGUAAAUAUGCCUACAUGUACUCCGUAUCAAAAACGUAAUCACCGAUCCUUUGUCCAUCCAAUUCUGAAAACAUAUGCUUUCUAAUUGUGAUUCCCGUGCGCCUUCCCUCCCUCCCCCAAGAGUGGCUCAAAUGAUGCAUAGAGCAAAUGAUAUAAAAUUGUACAACAAAAGACUAAGAAGGGUUGUUUAAAAUUAACAGAAAAGGAGCAUUGGUGUAAUAUAAACUACAAACAAGAUAUCAAAGGCAA